AUGUCGUCUAUAAAUGGUUCUUCGAUACCUUCGUCAAAAGAGAUGGAUCAAGGUUUAUUGGGUGGAGGACAUAUUGGGUAUUUCGACGUUGGUGAUCCAACUUAUGUUUGGUCACAUUGUAGUGCUAUGUUUUGGUAUGAUGAAAGGUUGAAAAAGUCUGCUAAAGAUAAAAAUCCAAAGUUUUCUAGGUGUUGUGUCAAUGGAAAAAUACAACUACCGAGUUUUGAAGAUCCACCUAUACUUCUGAAGGAGUUGUUUUUUGGAAGUGAUAGAAAGUGUAAGCAUUUUCAGAAGAACAUUCGUACUUACAAUAGUAUGUUUGGAUUUACUUCUAUGGGUGGAAAAGUUGAUAAUAGCAUUAAUGAUGGGCAUGGUCCUCCAAUUUUUCGUUUGCAUGGUCAAAACUAUCAUCUUAUUGGUAGUAUGGUGCCCGUAGUUGGUUGUCGGCCUAAAUUUGCUCAGUUAUAUAUUUACGAUACUGAGAAUGAAGUUCUUAAUAGAAUGUUGGCUGUGAGGUCUGAGAAAGAUUUGAAUUCUUUGCAUAAUGAAUUAGUUUUGGAAAUUCAACAAAUGCUUGAUGAGCAUAAUCAAUUAGUGAAGACAUUUCGGAUGGUCAGAGAAAAGUUACAUGAAACUGAUGAGGUUGUGAGAUUGAGGUUGAUUGGAAAAAGGGGGAAAGAUGGCAGGAGAUAUAAUUUGCCAGUUGUAUCUGAAGUAGCUGCAUUGAUUGUUGGUGAUAUCGAUGAAAAUAUAUGCGAUAGGGAUAUCAUAGUUGAACUUCGCACAGGACAUCUGAAAAUGAUUCAUGAGUUACAUCCAACAUAUCUUCCUUUACAAUAUCCAUUGUUGUAUGUAUAUGGUGAAGAUGGUUAUAGGGAUGAUAUUUGUUUUUCAGAAUCUGUUGUGGGUUUGGGUUAUUCUCACAGAAAAAUAAGUGCAAAAGAAUAUUUUGCAUACUACUUGCAUGACAGAAUGAAUUGUUUGUCGUUAAUUUUGUCAUCUCGACGAUUGUUUCAACAAUUUAUUGUGGAUGCAUACACGAUGGUUGAAGCUGGCAGAUUGAAGUAUAUCCGUUCUCAUCAAAAGAGUUUGCGAUGUGAUUUGUAUAAAGGUCUGUCAGAUGCGUUGUUAAGUGGUGAAACAGAUGGUACUAAAUGUGGUAUGCGAGUUAUUUUGCCUUCAAGUUAUACAGGCGGUGCCCGUUAUAUGAUUCAAAGUUAUCAUGACGCAAUGGCUAUUUGCAAGUGGGCUGGAUAUCCAAAUUUGUUUAUUACAUUCACUUGCAAUCCUAAAUGGCCUGAAAUUUUAAGGUUUGUUGAUAGCAGGGGGCUAAAAUACGAAGAUCGUCCUUAUAUUGUUUCGAGAAUAUUUAAGUUGAAGUUAAACAGUAUGAUCAAAGAUUUUCGUUGUAAUAAAGUGUUUGGUGACGUAGUAGCAGUUGUUUAUAUUGUGGAAUUUCAAAAACGUGGUUUGCCUCACGCUCAUAUUCUUCUGUUUCUAGCCAAGAAGAGAAAACAUCCUGAGCCUGCAGAUAUUGAUGAAAUUAUUUCUGCUGAAAUUCCAGAUUCUGAUCUUAACGAAGAUUAUUAUAAACUUGUCUCUGAAUUUAUGGUGCAUGGCCCUUGUGGUGUAGCUAGGCGUGAUUCUCCUUGCAUAUUUGAAGGCAAAUGCAGUAAGUAUUUUCCAAAGAAAUAUUUAGAUGCUACAAAAGUUGAUGGUGAGGGUUAUCCAGUUUAUAGAAGGAGGAAUAAUGGUCGAACUAUUUGGAAGAGUGGGAUACCCUUAGAUAAUCGUUAUAUUGUUCCUCAUAACCGUUAUUUGUUGAUGAAGUAUGGAGCUCAUGUCAAUGUUGAAUGGUGUAAUCAAUCUCGGUCUAUUAAGUAUUUGUUUAAAUAUAUUUCGCCUUGUGAAGCUGCAUGGAGGUUGUUUGGAUUUGAAAUACAGUAUAGUGAUCCUGCAGUGGAAAGAUUAAGUUUUCAUUUACCAAAUGAGCAAACUAUCAUAUAUGAUGAGUCAACUGGUUUAGAUGAUGUGAUGACUCGGAAUAGUGUUAAUGAAAGCAUGUUUUUAGGUUGGUUUGAAGCGAAUAAGAAAUAUCCUUAUGCUAGAGCGCUGAUAUACUCAGAUUUUCCAAAUAAGUUUGUUUGGAAAUCUGCUAGCAGAGAGUGGACACCUCGAAAACAAGAUUUAAGAAGUGUCAAGGGUGUUCAACAUGGUACAUUUAGGGAUGCAUGUUAUGCCUUAGGAUUAUUGGAUGAUGAUAAAGAAUAUAUUAAUGAUUUGUUACUCACUGAAGAGGAUAAACGAAAUUAUGCAUUAGCAGAUAUUGAAAAGGCCUUGGUGAAGGUGGGAAGGAGUUUAAAUGAAUUUCAAUCAAUGCCAUUUCCAUCAGAAGAUUAUUUUCAACCUUGUCAGAAUAGGUUGAUAAUGGAGGAGUUGUCUUAUGACCGAGAAGGCUUGGCUAUAGAUCAUGCUGUGUAUGUCUCUAAAUUUAACGAUGAACAACGACAUGUGUAUGAUUCUAUAAUUCAGUCAGUUGAUUCUGGAGGUGGGGAAGUAUUUUUUGUAUAUGGAUCUGGUGGUACCGGGAAAACUUUUAUGUGGUCAUCUUUGUCUGCUGCUAUUCGGUGUAGAGGUGAAAUUGUGUUAAAUGUUGCCUCAAGUGGAAUUGCAUCGUUAUUGUUACCUGGUGGGAGAACAACUCAUUCUCGGUUUAAGAUUCCAAUUAAUGUAACUGAGGAUUCAUUUUGUUGUAUUAAACAAGGAAGUGCACUUGCUGAUCUUAUUGUUAGAACAAAAUUGAUUAUUUGGGAUGAAGCUCCAAUGAUGCAUAAACAUUGCUUUGAAGCUUUGGAUAGAACUCUUCAUGAUAUAAUACGUUGUUCAGAUCAAAGUAGGGCAGAUUUACCGUUUGGUGGUACAACAACUGUCUUUGGUGGUGAUUUUCGGCAGGUUUUACCUGUUAUUCCCAAAGGUAGUAGGCAAGAUGUUGUAAAUGUCACUAUCAAUUCUUCUUAUAUUUGGGAUUAUUGCAAAGUUUUGAGGUUGACAAAAAAUAUGAGAUUAUUGAGUGAGGUUCACACUCCAGAAUUAUUGAAUGGUAUACGUUGUUCUGGUUUACCAAAUCAUGAAUUACAUCUUAAGAUUGGUACUCCUGUGAUGUUAUUGAGAAAUAUUGAUCAUGAUUCUGGAUUGUGCAACGGUACUAGAUUGGUGAUUACUAGACUUGGAAGUCAUGUUUUGGAAGCAAAAGUGCUUUCUGGUCGUUCUGCAGGCCAUUUAGUGUUACCACGGUUGUCUCUCAGUUCUUCUGAUUUAAAGUUGCCUUUUAAGUUUCAACGUCGACAAUUUCCAUUGAUUGUGUCUUAUGCAAUGACAAUUAAUAAAAAUCAGGGACAGUCUUUAUCACAAAGUGCGGUCGUGACAUUAUCUCAUGUUGGUCUGCUUUUGAAAAAUCCUGUGUUUACUCAUGGGCAAUUUUAUGUUGCUAUCUCAAGAGUUACAAGUCGCAGUGGAUUGAAAAUAUUAAUAGUUGGAAGUGAAGAGAAGCAUUCUGAUGUUACCGACAAUGUUGUAUACAAAGAAGUAUUUCGUAAUGUAUAAUAUAUAUCUGUAUCUAUUUUGUCUUUGUUGAUAAUUAAUGUUUUUGUUAAAUUGA